AUGUCAAGUCAAACGGCCGAAAAAGAAUUUAACUUCAAUUCUUCGUAUAUGUUCGUUUUAAAUAAAAAAUCAUUAACGCUGAGUGCCAAACCUAUUUACAGUCCAUUAUUGGUCGCUCCUGGCAAUACAUUUUGGCAGCUACGUUUUGAGAUUAACAGUGAAAACACAGCGUGUUGUGCAUUUUGGCUUUGUGCAAUUCCGGAUAAAUGUGAAUCUCAAAAUGUGAAUCCAAUUUGGCCCAAAAGAAAAAAUAUCAACGCGAGGAUAUUUAUAAAGGAAUCAAAUAUCUUUAUUUAUAGAUCUAUUCUUGACAGCAAAUUUGGUUAUGAAAUAAAAGGCUUAGGCUGUGAUCAUAUAAAAAUAGCUAAACUUCCAGAAAAAUUUAUAUUCGGCGUCGAAUUUGAUAUGGAUACUAAUGAGGAUCCGAUAACUGAACCGAUAAAUUUUACUCAAAAUCUUGGACUAAAAAAAGCUUGGACGAGUGAUUUAAACAAUCCGGAUACUUCUGAUGUGAAGCUCUUUCUUGGUGACCAGAUUUAUUAUGCAAACAGCAGAAUUCUAUCGACGCAAUCGAAAUAUUUCCAAGCGUUAUUCAGCGAACAUUGGGCGGAAAAGAAAAAACGAGUUCAAGAUGAUGAACGUGAAAAUAGCGCUAACAAUAAGGAAUCAACAUCAGGCUUAGAUAAAGCCAAAGAGGAUGAUCUAAAGAUUCGAGAACAGAAUCAAGACCUAACGGUUAUAGAACGUGUUGAUAACAAAAGAGCAUUCGAUUAUGAGGUCAACGUUCAAGGAACAGAUCCGAAACUUUUCUUGCAAAUGUUAAAAUAUCUUUAUACUGGUGAAGUUAUUUAUAAGAAAGACAAAUCUUCAGCCCCUUACGAAAAUGCUAUCGAUCUAUAUAAGAUAGCAGAUAAAUACCUAAUUGACGAACUUAAAGCACAGACUAAAGAAUAUAUUAUCGCAUCUUUAAACUGUGAAAAUUCAGCCGAAAUACUUUUUAUGCAUGCUUUUCUUUGUCCUGAACUUAAGGAUGAAGUAAAAAAAUUCAUUGUUGAACAUAUUACUAUAGUAUCUAAAUCUUCGGGUUAUCGGCAUAUAAUCAUGAAUAGCAACAAAUAUCCUUCAUUUCUUGAACUCAAUAAUGAGAUUUUCCUCGAUCUCUAUUUCAAAGAUAUCGCGACUUGCCAGUAUCUACAAAGCAGUCCCAAUUCCAGCUGCAACUCUUUUCACACAUCUGUUUCACCUUUAAGAUCAUCCAGCGCAGCUUCCAAUCCAACAAAUGACAAACACAAAAUACCACAGAUAUUUUUCUGCUCGGUAUUGGAGUCCACUGCGUUUACUUUCUUUACACCCGCCAAAAAUAAAUCCCAGAAUGCUCCGCUUGCUGUCGCCAGUGCUUUUCUUCGCGACGUUGGUAUUGAGAUUCGUGCAAGUGGAUCAUUAUUGUUGUCAUUGAUGUUGAUUUUUGAUGGAUUAGCGUUGGAAAUGAUGGAUGGCGAAUUUUCAGUGUGGAUAGCGAAACUGUUGCUGCCUUUACCGUUAACGUUAGCGGCCGAGUCACAUUUUUAA